GGAUAAUAACUCUAAGUUAAUAGGACUCAGUAUUGGGAACUUCAUGUACUAGCUUAUAAUUAAUGAUUCCCUCUUUGUAAGAUUAACUAAGAGGCCUGGUUUAUUAGCUGGAUGACAAUCCUUCAUUCAGUGCCUCAAUCAGCCAGCGGGGGCUCCGCGCAGUCGAGUGCUGGCAGGGAGCUGGUUAACACUGGCUGGAUUUAAUAGGGAGGUAGUGGAGAGAGGGCGAGGUACAGCACACAGCACAGCCGACACCUGCAAACACUUGACUGGACUCGUACAGAGAGGCAGCGCGACUGUCUCUGAAAUACUAACGGAUUUUCUCCUCAUGAUAUUGUGAAAGAUGACAGUGCGCCUGGAAAUGGGAAAGUUUUUUUGGAGCUCCGCGUAAUUCUCAAAGGGUUAACCGGUUUAUGAACGCUAGCUAGUACUUUCACUGCGCAAACUGGAAACUUUGGCAACUGAGGAAGAACGAACGAAGAACGAACCUACAAGCCUACAAACAAAUGGACAUUGACGCGUUUAGGUGUGUUUUGUGACCUGUGUUCGCAUCGGACAGCUGCGUGCCACGGAAUGUAACAUCUUCCAUCUUAAGUUACCUGGACAAGAAAUCUCGGUGGGUAAACUACUGCUGUCAUUAUCAAGAUGCAAACCCUGCUCCUCAUCCUGAGCUUAUGUGCCUGGGGUUGUCAUGGCAACGCCCGCACAACACCCCGAGUGCACUUGUCAUAUAAAGAGUUACUAGAGACGAAAACCAUACGGCCGUUCAGUUUCUCCUUCAACACCAGUGACUACCGAAUCCUGCAUAUGGACCAAGACCAAGGCCGGCUCUACCUGGGCAGCCGUGAAUAUCUGGUCUCUCUAGACAUGCAAAAUGUCAAUAAAGAGCCCCUUAUUAUUCACUGGCCAGCAACAGCACAAAGGAAAGGGGAGUGUAAAUUAACUGGCAAAGGUGGACAGGGAGAGUGUGCUAACUUUGUGCGUCUGAUCGAGCCGUGGAACAGGACUCACCUGUACACCUGCGGCACAGGAGCUUAUAAACCCAUCUGCACCUUCAUCAACAGAGGCUGGAGAGCUGAGGAAUACCUUUUCCGGCUGGUUCCAGGUUAUGUGGACUCUGGAAAAGGAAAGUCUCCUUACGAUCCCCGCCAGGAGAACGCAGCAGCUCUGAUCAAUGGGAACCUGUAUGCUGGGGUACAUGUGGACUUCAUGGGUACAGAUCCAGCCAUCUUCAGGACCUUGGGAGACCGUCCCGCAGUCAGAACAGAGCAGUAUGACUCCCGAUGGCUGAAUGAGCCUGUGUUUAUAAAAAUCCAGAAGAUUCCAGACAGUGCUGAGAAGAAUGAUGAUAAGCUUUACUUCUUCUUUCGGGAGAAGAGUUUAGAUGCCUCAGGGGGGAGCGCUCAGAGCGUCCUCGCGAGAGUUGGCCGAGUCUGUCUGAAUGACGAUGGAGGUCAAAGGUCAUUGGUGAAUAAGUGGACGACGUUCCUCAAAGCACGACUGGUCUGUUCCGUGAUUGGUGCAGAUGGGGUUGAGACUUACUUUGAUGAACUGAGGGAUGUUUUCAUCCAGAGGACCCAUGAUGAACGGAGCCCCAUCGUGUAUGCUGUGUUCUCCACUGCUGGCUCUGUGUUUAAAGGCUCUGCCGUGUGUGUGUAUUCAAUGGCAGACAUCAGAAAUGUCUUCAAUGGACCCUUCUCUCACAAACAUGGUCACAACUACCAGUGGACACCUUAUACUGGCAAAAUCCCUUACCCUCGCCCGGGGACUUGUCCUGGAGGAACUUUCACCCCUGAUCUCCACACCACUAAAUCCUUCUCUGACGAGGCUGUAAACUUCGUCCGUGCCCAUCCGCUGAUGUAUCAACCUAUAUAUCCGAUACACAAACGCCCUCUGGUGGUCAGGACUGGCGUUGAUUACCGUUUCACCACUAUUGCUGUGGACUUAGUGGAUGCUGUGGAUGGAAGAUACGAAGUGCUCUUCCUGGGGACAGAUCGUGGAACAGUCCAGAAGGUGAUUGUCUUACCGAAAGACAUCAGCACAACAGAAGAGAUCGUUUUGGAAGAGGUUGAGGUUUUUAAGACUCCAGCUGCCGUCAAAACUCUAAAGAUUUCUACUAAAAGGCAACAGUUGUACGUGUCUUCAGAAAUGGGUCUUACCCAGGUGUCCCUGCACAGGUGUGCCGUUUAUGGCAAGGCCUGUUCGGACUGCUGCCUGGCCCGGGACCCCUACUGUGCCUGGGACGGAGAGUACUGCUCUGCUUUCACCCCCGCUACCAAGAGGAGAAGCAGAAGGCAAGAUAUCAAACAUGGAGAUCCUUUACGGCAGUGCAGAGGAUUCAACGCUAAAGUAGAGAAGCGUCUGAGGGAGACAGUGCAGUUUGGGGUUGAGGGGAGCAGCACGUUCCUGGAGUGCCACCCAAGAUCCCCGCAGGCCACCGUCAAAUGGCUCUACCAGAAGGACGGCAAGCGAAAGGCACUCAGUCGAGACAAAGAUGUCUUGAAGACCGGUCAUGGCAUCCUGCUGAAAUCUCUCACCCAAUCAGACGCCGGCCUUUAUCACUGCCUGGCAACCGAGAACAACUUCAAACACACCGUGGCGCGCAUCUCCCUACGGAUCCUGGACCGGGAGAUCGUGGAGGCGCUGACUGAAUCAGAUGUCCCGAUAGAACCAGAGCACCGCCGCCACCAUUCCCACCACCGACCUCCGCCGCCCCCUCCCCCUCAGACCCACCCACCUGCUCUCCAGCUCCACCCACAGCCUGAGGUGCGUCUCAUCAGCCAGUACUGCCAAUCCUACAGGCAGCAGAUACAAAGCCAGCCACACAAAGCCAAACGAAACAACCGCAGGCACACUGGAGAACAGGAAGAGGAGGAGCUACAGGAGCAGUGAGUGGAACAGCACCUGGGACCCUGUUGACCACGUCCUGUCCGUGUGCCCAAUCAUUAUUUUCUUCCUCUAGGCAAACUCAGUCCAUUUAAUAAAAUGAUUCAUUAGUUUAGACUGAUUCAAUUGAUUCAUUCAAUGUGUCAGACUGUGUCUGAACUAGAUUUAUUUUCAUUUUGUGGUGCUUAGCUCCCCUAACUAAUCUAAAUCUGGCUAUGAUGUGCUCACUUCCAUAGAUAGCUUUAAACCACACAGUUUUCUAUUAGUAUAGUUCCUUAAAACGUCCAGCCACACCAGCAAAACUACUGCUGUUUUAUGUAAAACAUAAGCUAUUCCAUUUUAAUAUUCAGUACAUCAAUGACUGCAGUGCAAAUAUUAUCCGAAUCACUUGACAACAUGUACAUUUGUAGAGGCUUCAAAAGAUGUUUUGGAUUAAAUUUAAAGAUUGCAGUUUCAGUCAGACAUCUCUAAACUCCCAGAUCAUGGAAUACAGUAGUGGAAGGAAUGUUUUGCAGCUUUUCAAGAUGGUUGGAUUUAUGUAUCUGCAAGGCUGCAAUUAGCCUAAAACACAAUAUAUCUUACAAUAAUUUUGACCACCGAAGGUUUCGUCUUUUUUUUCUGCAGUUAAAGUCCUUUGAAGAACAGGUACAUUUGUUUGGACAGCUAGGAGUGGCACUUAAAAUUAAAAUGUAUAUACAAUAAUAUAAUAAUUGAAACAUUAAAAUGAAAUAAAAAAAAAAUUAAUGCAUUGAUAACUUUUUUAUAUCAUUAUAUUUCUAUCAUUUUAUUUUUAAGUGUCACUUCGAGUCCUCCAUAAAUUUGAGCUUUAAUUUUAGUUUUGAUCCAUGACAGAAAUUUGAAAACCUAGAACUGAAAAGCAACUUCUACCAAAAAUGAUAUUUCAGUAUCAUUUCCAUGUUUAAACAUGUUGCUUCAGAUAAAACUUCAGAUAGAUUGUGAAUUUAAAAUAAUUGCAAUAACAUUAUUAGGCAUUAGAUUAAAAAAUACAUUUAAGAAACCAUUUCCAUUUCAAAUAUUUGCCAAACAAAAUAUUUAUCUGAUACUAAAAAUAUUAUAUAUUUUGUCUCCUUUUUGUUGCGGAACAAACAGCCCUUUGUAACAUGAUUGGAUCAUUGCCCUGGAAAUUUCAAUGUUUUAUUCAGACAAGACUGUGGACCAAAAUGACAUGGGAUUUGCAAAAAUAAAAAAAAUUGUUUGUAGGAAUUAUGCAUCAGAAUCUCUCCCUUGUGAUCAGUGAAACCAGACAUAGCAUUAACCGUAAUGUGAAAAGCCCUGAUACGUACUUCACAUUGCAAUUUUGAUUGUAACCAAAGUACAAGUCAGUUAUCUUCUGGUUUUGUCUUGUAAAACAAAUGCCAACGAAUAUUAGCAAAUGGAUCUUCCCUGAUUUGAACGGCUGAAUAUAUAGUUUUCAGUCUGGUCUCUUCUAUCUUUGACUCUGGACUCUGGUGAUAGUCGGACCAGUAAAAAUAUUCUCACUUUCAAUCCAUCAAAUCAAAACAUUUUGUAUUCCACGGUUUGUCAGUGGUGAUAUGUGGUCAUGUUUUUUGCUUGUGUAUAAACACAGUAUCUGUGCUUUGUGUUGUGUGACAAUGACACAUGUACAUAGAAAAUGUAUGUUUUCGACUAGUCACUGGUCUCUUUUCUCAUCUGUCACAUGACCCUCUGUCUGUCUCUCUCUCUCUCUCUCUCUCACUCUCUCUCUCUCAUCCACACCAUACAACAUAUUUAUUGUGAGAGUGUACAUAUUCAUGCGAGUUGUGCUCUUUGGUGGUGGGACAGGGCUGGUUCUGAUGAAAAAUGUCAUUGUUUGUAUUGUAUAUGAACAGGACCAGGGUACAUGGAGAGAUGCUGAGAGGGAGAUGUUUUUGGAUAAAUUUAAAUCAGUUAACCCAUAGACAAAAAUAUUUUCAUCUUAUGACAUUUAAAUUAACCUUGGGAUUCUAAAGAAAAAAUAUGGGCAAAAAAAUCUGCUCUUUUUAUUAUUUGGCCUGAAAUAUUUCAUAUUCACAGUGUGUUUUAAGCCAGAAAUGUCUACCUCUUCAAGCACUUUCUAUGGAAUAUCACUUGACACCAAACUAAAGGACAAAAGCAAGGGAAAGGUGUUGUAUCAUUUUCUUCUGAGAACAUUUACUUUGUCUAGCCCACUAUUGUCAUUUGUUUUGUUUUUUUUAAAGGAUGAGUGUUUCUCUUCAUUAGAUGUUGGUGGAAAAUGUAUAAAGACUCGCUUUGAAAUGCUUUGUGGUGUUAACCCAAGACAUGUCAUCUGGUCGUGAAGGGUGGAGAACAGAUUCUAGAGUCCAAACCACAUUUCAUUCCUCUCCACAGAGAUGUUAUUAUGCAGAAUGACAUCCAACACAGCUUCUCUGAAGAACUUUUAAUGCCACAUAGACUUUCUUUGUCCUGUUGUCUCUUUCCUUUGGUGUUGGUUGUUGAACUAAACAGAAACUUCCUAAAUAUGGUUGCUUCUUAAAUAUUUCCUCUUUGUAUUUACAGAUGUUUGUGUAGGUUCAUGUUAAUGUGAUUGUUUGUGAUAAAUAUUAUUUUAUUAUCAUGGUAUUCUGGGGUUUGGGAGUUCUAAUAGGUGUUUUUUUUUUAAGCAAUAACAAUAAACUGCUGUUUUUGUUUUUA